UGCGAUUCAAUGUCAUCCGAGCAACUCUAUUUGGGGCGAAUAAAAAGCAUCGAGCCAUAUUACCUAAAUAUAUCAUUGCUUUACGGCACAAAAGGUCGGGUUCAAAUCUCUGAUAUUAGUUCGCCGUACCGUGCAGCUCUUGAGCAACUACUCUCUGGGGAUGUCAAUGUGGGAGUAAAAAAAUUACAUGAAAUGUUUUCUGUUGGCCAAAUUGUUCGAUGCUGUCUUAAAGAAGGAGAAAAAGCGCCAGAAAACUUUGGCAGUCUGAAAAGACGUGUUCUUGAACUCUCUUUAAAUCCAAGUCGCGUGAAUCGGAAUGUAAGAAAGAGUCUACUGGAACCAUUUAUCCCCCUUGUUGGCGCGGUUAGUAGCAUUGAGGACAAUGGUUAUAUAAUCGACGCGGGUAUCCUUGGUCUUAGUGUUUUCCUCCCUUUUACUAAUACUCCUCUGCGAGGUAGCUUCGUCGAUGGUCAUAACAUCUUCUUAGCGUCUGAAAGAUUUUCAAUCGGAAGCCUGGUCGAGUUCUCAAUAAUGAAGGAAUCAUUAUUUGGUAAUGUCGCGAGAGUUGUUCGUGCCACUAUGUUGAAGAAGCAAAAGGUCCCAAGUGAUUCUAUUCUUUCAUUCGAUUGUCUCCUCCCUGGAGUGUGUAUCCCUGUCAGAAUUCGUUCAAAAGGUCUGGAUGGCAUGGGAUGCGAUUUUCAAUCUUUUGAGGUUUACGUACCGGCACAGCACUGUCCCCUCGAAUUAGACCAUUACGCAAUUAAUAGCCAGGUUAUUGUCUGCAUUGUGUCCGUGGAUCAUCUCACAAAAGCAAUAGUAGCCAGCAUGUUACCUCACUUUGUUAAAGUGGAUCCCGGUGAUCGCCAAAAGCUUUUCGAUUUCAAGCACGUCAAAGUUGGGACUAUAUAUGAUGAUGCUGUUCUAAAACGUCUUGAGAGAAAUUAUGCCUACUUAUGGCUGCCGUCCCUGCAGAAAUGCGGUAUCCUCCUGAAAGAAAAUGCAUUUGACCUGGCACCCGCCAAAAAUUGGACCUUACAAAUUCCAGAAAACACGCCCAUAAGGUGCCGUAUAGUUGACUUUGAUCUCUUUUUAAAUAUGCCUGUAAUUUCGUGCAGACGUCAUGUGCUUGAAUCCAGAUUUCUAGCCUUCGGUGAUGUUACCGUGGGUACUACCGUCACAGUUACCGUAAGGAAGUUCUCAAAACGAGGUGUUCUGGUUCGUUUGGCUGGGAAAAUUCGUGGUAUCAUUCCUUUCAUGCACCUUUCGGAUGCACCAGUUAAAGAACCGCAAGAUCGGUUCAAAGUUGGAAGCAAAAUCACGACGUUUGUUCUUGGGAUUGAUCGAGAAAAGGAGGAGCUACAGCUAACGGCCAAAAAGAGCCUUAUGUCCUCCAGCGUACCCAUCCUGGGCAGUUCUAAAAUGGUUAAAGCUUGGGAAGAAGUGGAAAGUAUCGAACAGACGAGAGUCAAGCACCUCCUCGUGACCGCAUUUGUGGUUCACUCCAGCGAGAAGGGAGUGCUUGUUCGUGGCAUGAACGAUGUCCGUGGUUGGAUUCCUCGCCGCCAGACUUUCGUUGAUGAUCGACAAUCUGUAGAGACUUUUUUUAGCAAGGGUGAAACUCUUCUUCUUCGCGUCAUAAAGCGUUUUAAACAGGACUCUCGAAGCCCAGACAAACCUUCUAUGCAAUUUCUCCUCUCACAAAUUCUUGAUCCGACAGAGGUCCGGCGUCCACUCCCUCCAGCGAACACAGCGGUCUCCAUAGGAGAGGUCUACUACUGUAGAGUGGACGCGGUGACGUCUGGCAGUUUGCUAGUUUCUCUCUGUCCCACCAGUGCUGCAGACGCGGCAGUGGUAUCUAAGGCCACGCUACCCUUCUCUCACCUCUCCGACAGCAUCUCCAUCACCCAACUAGCACGACAAUGGCGGCUGGCCUGCUUCCAGCCCAACGUAAUGCUCUCCAUCAAUGCUGAUAGCUCCUCCUCUACACCAACACCAAUCGUUGUGAUUGGUCUAACCGCAGCGGAGGUGAUGGUUUCAGCUAAACCAUCGCUCGUUGCGGCUGCAGCUGGUCACAAGAUGGGGUCCAAGAGUGGUUUUGUCCGCAGUUUUGAACAGCUUGUAGUUGGCAGCCAGUGGUUAGGUUGGGUUGCGCAUCACAAGGACUACGGUGUGUUCGUAGAGUUUCCUGGUGGACUACGGGGUCUGGUGCCCACCCGCUACAUCUCGGACCGUCGGGCGCAGCGCGAUAUUACGUGGCCCCUGCUCCUACCUACUGGAGCCACAGUGGAAGCCAAAGUGGUAGAGGUAAGCGCGCAGCAACAACGCUUCCUCCUCUCCCUUCGCCUGAUGGACACCUACACUUCUGCCGAGGAGCAGUAUGUUGAAGGGGCAAUUGCUCAAACUCGCCGAUAUCUUGAUGAAUGUCGAUGGAUAUGUUCGCAUGUGAAAGACUUCAGCAAAAUGUCGAACUUCGCUUUGGGCGAAGUGGUACAUCUGCAAGUGGAUGGUAUAACCGAGGAGGCUGUGACGGGAAGGGUGUCUGCGGUGGCAGGUGGUGACGGCGAUAGAGUGCCGGCUGCUGCUCUCCUUUCCAACACAGAAGGAGUAGAGUGCGUAGUAGGUGGUGUUUACCCUGCUGUCGUUACUCUUCCCAACCUUGAAUCCGGGUGUCUUGAGGUAUCUCUUCUCCCAUGGCUCCUGCGUGCUGUCAGGCAACGCACCGAUGGCCAAUUUGCUGCUGAUGCCAUGCAGGUGCGUCCCGGCCAGAGCAUCGAAUCUAGCGUCGUCUCCUUGGGCAACGGGCGUGACGUAGUUGUGGUUGCUCUUAAACAGCAAGCACUUGGUCAUCUGGCGGUAUUGCCGGCGCGCCGGUUCUUCAACGACCUCAUCGGAGGCAAUGCCUGGGCUCUAAGUCAAGUCAACCGAGUCACUGUUCGUAGGAGAAAGUCGAGGCAAACAGCUGUGGGAGGAGUAACUAUGGAUGCGGGAACCAUGUCGUUAUCGCCAGUAUUGUUGGAACAGUUAAUAAUACCAAACACUCAUCUAUCUGAGGUUGUUUUCAUCGGAUUAAAAGGACGCGCUGCUCUUUUCCGACUUCCACACACACGGAACUCGCGAGAGAUACGCGCACGUCUUAUCUGCCGUCUCGUCGACCUUGUGCCAACAGGAAAGGCGGCUCGUAAAUUUCUCCAUUCUCCACCUGCCUGUGGUACUAUCUUUCGAAACGCCAUCGUGGUCAAUGCACCCUCCACCAUGACGCUGGAAGGGAAGGGCGGUGCAAGACUGCCACUCUCCCGUCGUGUUGCGCGAAUUUCUUUUGUUCAGAAGGACCCGGAAUUGGGUGAUCUGGUGUGCGCCAUGUUCUUAGGCGCUUCAGGCCUAAGCUGGCGUCUUCUUUUGGCUAACAACACGCGUGGUUUACUCCAUUUUUCCUGCAUGUCCAAGUCCCACAUCGUUGGAGCAUCCAGUCUCCCCAAUACUCCCUCUAUGCAGUUCCCUCUCCACCCUAAAAAUAGUAUCUGGCUCACGUGUCGCAUCAUCGACGUGGUACACGAUCAGGGAAUAGUGGCGGAGGCAGCGGAUGACGAGGCAGAGGUGAAGGCAGAAGGCAAGACUAAACCUAAAAUCGCUGAAGGGGACGAAAUUGUACCGGUUGAGGAUGACGAAGAUGUGCAUUAUAAGGCGCCUUUGAAGGUUUUUUAUGUCUCCACUGAGGCUUCUGAUCUGCGCAACUGGAAUCCUGAGAAGUAUCAGGAAUUAGAUUUGAAGUUGGGCAUACCGAUGCUGGGAUUUAUAAAGCAUCGACUCAAGAAGAUCCUACUUGUCAGCCUCAACUACAAGACUGAUGCUGUUGUACCCUACUCUAGUGCGUUUCUGAGAUCCAGCCAGCGAGUGGGGUCGAUGGUUCAAAUAAUUCUCACGUCACUGAAACCUCUGCGAGGUCGCCUUGCCAAUGAGCCAGUUCGCCAGCGGUCUGCGUCUACGAGCGACACGCUGGCGAAACCAGACGAAGCGCCAGAACCCAAGCGCAGGCGUAUGGUGUCCCUCAAUGCUCGCACCUGUAGCUCCAUUGGGCCCACAAUCGGGGAUGUUCGGGGUCGCUAUGCCGACUUCUUCUCUCCUUUACCCGCAGAGGAGGAGCAGCAUUCGCUACAGAAUGAGAACAAGGGCAUUGAAAUGAAGGAAUUGUGUCAGGAACCGGUCACUAGUGCGUCGUGCUCCCUCUUAACAAGUCUGGAGAAUGAGUCGCGACUAGCGAAAGUAGCUGAGGCAACAAUGCUGUCGGGCGAGGCUGGACAUCCGCUCCCGCGCAUCUCCUCCGUGGAGGAGUAUGAGGUAGCAAUUCGCAAUUCUCCACAGAAUCCACAUCUCUGGACUCUUUAUGCUGCGCAUCACCAGGCAGCGGGUGAUAUAGACCGAGCCCGUACCGUCCUCCAACGCGCUCUCGACUCACCCUCCUCCAAUAUUGACGGCGCAGAUGGGUUCACGGGUAGUAUCCUUAUUUCUUCCUUGCGUUUGGAAAGCUCUGUUGUCGCUGCUGCAUCUGUGGGCGUAGAGCGGCGAGUUGGUUCCGCUCCCGCCGCACCUCUUCUCGAUGCCGUUAUUGCGCGCAUCGAACAAUUAGAUCGUGAGGUCGUCACCCGUCGUGCUAUCUCCGAUCUCUCCACCGCUGGGCUGCAUUCUUAUGCCGAGAAUAUGGCGAAGAAGUUUGUGCGUCACCACUCUGCUUUGCCUGAGGCCUGGCUAACCCUGGUUCGUGCCCGUUUUCGUUCUGGCAACGUGGCUGGUGCUCGAGAGGCUCAGCGUAAUGCUGGUCAAACUUUGCGUCUUUCACAACUCCUUCAAUUCGCUACAGGAUGUGCCCGAUUGGAGUUUGAGUUUGGUGAUGUAGAUCGCGCGAUAAAGCUGAUCGAGGAGCAGCUUGCGGCCCAUCCCCAUAAGAGACUAAUCUACAUCAACUAUAUACAACUUCUCAUGUCUGCGGGAAAGAGCGCCGAAGCUGAGUAUUGGUUCGAGAGACCGCUUUGA